GAGAAGCUAACAGCUAGCUGCUCUCAUCAACCUGCCAACAAACUCGCCUCUUUUUUAUUUUUUCGUCCCGACUGCAUUUAUUUUUCUACACCUCUCUUUAAAGAUCCACAGCGGGACUUAUUUCCGGUUGUUUUGGCUGAAUAAGAUGGUCGUUUUGACAAAUAACAAUGAAGAAAAACAGGAUUAUAUCCUGAUAGAGGAGCGUAAAUGCUCCUCCCUGCCCAACUCUCCAGCCAAGCGAGUGUCUCCUAGUAAGAAGAAGCAGUUCUUUAUCAAUCAAGCCAUCCGCAACUCUGACCUCACUCAGCGAGCCAAAGGCAAGAAAAGCCUCCGGCGCCAGGAGAACACGCGCUUUCUUAAUAACCUCCUUGAGAGGGAUGAGUGCUCCAUAGAUGAGCUGGAAGUCGGCAGUAACCCGGCCAUCCCGUCCAUCUUCACUGAAGCCUGCACCAACGGGAACUACAGGGAGCCGUGGGAUGACUUCAUGAACUGCUCUGGUGAGGAGCAGGACCGGCUGCUGUCUCUGCUGGAGCAGGACGAGGCCCAGAGGAAGAUCACCAGCCGGCCCCUUAGAGACCAGAGGAAUGUAAAUCCUGCCUUCACUGCUCACGACUGCUUCCUGAGGAUCGACCGCCGGCUGCGGGCCACGCUCAGACGCAAACGCUUCCCCAUGGGAACUCUGGAAGUACUUGAGGAAAACCUUGUGAGCUUCUUCAGGGAUGAACCUCGCUCAGUUUACGAAACCAACCUCAGCAGCUUUGAGAGACUGCUGCUUCACUCCAUCUGCCAGUACAUGGACCUCGUGAGUGCAAGCACCGACUACAACGGGUCCCGUCGGACUAAAGUGAUGAACAAACAGGAAGAGUUUCUGCCUCCUGUAACUCUGCUGUCUGCAUAUCUGGAGCAGAUGAGCUGAGAUCAGGACCACGCCAUGUUCUACUGCAGGACGGAGCUCCAACAGGUGGAGAUAAGGAGCUCCAUCUGUAUGUGACGUCUGGUUAUAAUGUUUGCCAAGAUCAGAAAACAAAGCUGAAAUAACUACUGGUCAAAAGUUUUAGAACACACCAACUUUUCCAGAAUUUAAUUGAAAAUGAUGCAGUUUAAUGUCUCAGUGUACUGAGACAUUAAACUUAAAAUGAAUGCACAUUUGCAACAUUUAAAAUUCUUUAUUGAGCAUGAUAGUGUUUUGAAAGUAAAAAAAAAAGAUUCAAAAUCACAUUUUAUGUUGGACUAAAGGAUUAAAAAAAGACACAAAAUGACUAAAAAAAGACACUAAAAGUCACAAAAUGACCAAAAAAGACACAAAAUGACUAAAAAAAGACACUAAAAGUCACAAAAUGACCAAAAAAGACACAAAAUGACUUACAAAGACAUGAAAAGAAUUCAAAAAUGGACAAAAUAGCCCAAGACUCCAUAGAGUUAAGUUGUUAACCCAUUUCUUGUUCCCUGAAAAAGGCCUACUUGUAUAAUUCUGAAAUGUACAUUAUUUUCCAGUUUUGGUUAAGCUUACCUUUUUUUAUUUACCUCUGGCAGUUCACCACUUACCUUUGGACCCUUUCAAGCUGUUCAUUUGACUUGAACUGCUUGAAUUUCAAUAAAAAACUGGAAAAAUUGGGGUGUUCUAAAACUUUUGACCGGUAGUGUAUGUUUUCCAUAAACAUGUCAUCAACCCGGCGGUAUGUAAACUGAGGUGUUGAUGUAAAACAGUAAACUAGUUUUCUCUGGUUGGAGUUCAGCUCUUUGCCCAGCUGAGCUCCAGUUCAUGUGUUGGACAAGUACAACUCAUUUGUCUUAAGAAGAAUUUUUUUUUUUGAGGUGAAAUAACUUCUCUUCUUGCACCAAAUCUGACAUUUUCAGUCAUCCAAAAAAAAGCAGAAAUCUGUUUUUCAUCCAGUUUUGUGUCAUCAUAAUGAAGUACAGUUUCCAUACUGCAUUAUAAAUUAAAUUCAUUCUGUUUGCCAAGCUAAUUUCAUACUAAUAAUAUGGACACUAUUGAUUCCUAAAUUUAAGAAUGUACUUACAGUAUCUCACAGCCUUAUGUGUGAUGUGGAAUUCACAAUAACAAAAUUACAAUAACAGGAAAUGACCUUUGAUACAGUUUAAAUACAAAAAAAGGCAGAUUAUCAUUAGCAUUGUGACAGCAUGAUGUCAACAUUCAUCCAUGAGCUGUAAAUUAACACGUCAGUGAAGCGUUGGUCGCUUUUCAUGGUGCAAAUGAAUAAAUAUACAAGUUUAGACAACAUAGAAUAUGCCUUUUCAGUGACAAAAAAAAAAAGUGAAGCGAAUCUUUCAAUUAAAAUCUCACACAGAUAAAUCUGUCACUGUCUUUAUGU